UCUAUUUACGUGGGGAGGAGGGGGGAAAGUGCUCCAAGAUGGCGGCGGCAACAGCAGCGAGGAGGAGAAGCAGCAGCGGCAGCAGCCGCAGCUAGUGAGCAGGGGGAGGGGCUCCGGCCCGGUCCGAGGGAGGAGGAGGCGGAGCCGGGCAGCGGGUCGUCGCACCGAACAGGUGGGGGAGGGGGUGCCGGAGGAUGGCGGAGCCGCGCCGGGUGCCGUUCGUGAGCCUGUCACCCGUGAGGCGCCGAGAGGGCGCAGAGGCUCCGGGGCCUGAGUCCGGGGCGGGUCGUGAGGCGGCGGAGAAGCCUCUUCAGCCAUUAGGGCGCGAGGCCUUGAAACUGCCAGAGCCGCCGCCUCAGCACCACGACAACAGCGGCCGAGCAGAGGGGCCGCCUCCGGAGCAGACCUCGAAGCCUCCGCUGUUGCUGCUGCCGCCGCCACAGACUCCGAGGCCGGAGACCACAACGACGACGAGGACGCCUCAGGUCCAGGAGCAGCAGGAAAGCCACCAUCAGGAGACGACGACGCCCCCGCCCCCGCCCCACCGUCAGACGGUUCGCCUGGAGUUGGCGCUGAAGGACCCCACCGAGGAGAGCUGCGUGGAGUUCAGCUACCCCGAGCUGCUCUUGUCCGGCGAGCCCCGGAAAAAGUCUCCUGUCCCUGAAGACCCUUUUAAUGAUGAGGAGCGAGAGAGGCAUGAAGUGGAAAUGCUGGCUAAGAAAUUUGAAACAAAAUAUGGUGGGAAGUCCCACAAGCAUAGAAAGGAUCGUCUUCAGGAUCUAAUAGAUAUAGGCUAUGGCUAUGAUGAAACAGAUCCUUUUAUUGAUAAUUCAGAGGCUUAUGAUGAAUUGGUUCCUGCAUCUUUGACUACUAAAUAUGGAGGCUUCUAUAUAAACACUGGAACUCUGCAGUUCCGCCAAGCAUCUGACUCUGAAGAGGAAGAUGUUACAGGAUGCAAAAAACAGAAACCACCUAAAGUAGCUAAACUGAAAGAUGGAGAAGAUUGCAAUAUGAAAAAGCGCAAACGAAAAGAUGAGGAAGCAGAGAAGGAGAAAAAACCUCGGAAAAUGAAAGUGUCUAAGCAGCUGGGGGUAAUGGCUUUGAAUUCACAUAAAUCUGAAAAGAAGAAGAAAAAGCUGUACAAGGAUUCCUUUUCUCUAGCUGCUAUGAUCCGGAAGUUUCAGAAGGAAAAAGAAGCAGUGAAGAAAAAAGAUGAUAACCUUAAUCCCACAGUAUCAGUUGCAACUUCUAUUCCUAAUAAACUCCCUGCUGCCCCCAUCACAGGUGGAAAUGAUAUGUCUGACCUGAACAUCACAGAUCCAGUUCUCUCAAUUUUUGGCAGCACAAAUGAACGUGAACUUCUACAGGAUGCUGAAAGUGCCCUUGAGAUGCUGGGGGACAUUGACUUUGAUCGCUUGCUUGAUGGUACCUCCAACGGUAGCCCAGUCUCAGAACCAUCAGGGGAGAAUGGAAGCGCCAUACAGGUCUCCCACACUUCUGAGGUCCUGGUACUGAAGCCAGUGCCUGCCCUCCCAGAUGGUCUGCCAGCAAAACUAGAAAAGCGCAUUGAAGACCUUAGAGUUGCUGCCAAGCUCUUUGAUGAAGAAGGCAGAAAGAAAUUCUUCACACAGGACAUGAAUAAUAUCUUGCUUGAUAUUGAGUUACAGUUGCAAGAACUGAAUCCUACAAUCCGCAAUGGAGUAUACUCCCACCUUGAGGCUUUUGUGCCAUGCAAUAAGGAUACGCUGAUAAAGCGUUUGAAGAAACUGCACCUCAAUGUACAGGAUGACCGCUUAAAGGAACCAUUGCAAAAACUGAAAUUGGCCAUCAGUUGUGUCAUGCCUGAACAAUUAUUUAAAUACCAGGAAGACUGCCAGGCACACAGUCAAGCCAAGAAUGCCAAAAUGCAAGCAGAAGAUGAAAGGGACAAGAAUGGCUCUGAGGAAGAUGAUGAUGAAAAACCAGGAAAAAGAAUUGCAGGACCAAGAAAGAAGUUCCGCUGGGAUGAGACAGUGAGGGCUUUGCUAUGUAACCUUGUAAAAAUAAAGCUUGGAUGUUAUGAGCUGGAGCCAAAUAAAAGCCAGACUGCAGAAGAUUACCUCAAGACCUUCAUGGAGACAGAGGUGAAGCCACUUUGGCCAAAAGGCUGGAUGCAAGCUAGGAUGCUUUUUAAAGAAAGCCGAAGUGUUCAUAAUCACCUCACAUCUGCUCCAGCAAAGAAAAAGGUGAUUCUGGCACCUAAGCCCAAAGCAAAGGACACUAGUCCAAAGAAGGAACAAAGGAUAUGUGCUCCUUUUACUUCUGCUUGUGUUCCUCCUUCAAGUACAAACACUCCUGUCACAGCUCUGGCCAGUUCUAGCUGUAUCUCAGCUCCAGAAACAAUCUGUUUAGAUGACUCACUGGAUGAAGAUCUCUCCUUCAACCCACCUACUUUGGAUUCUGUUUCUGAUGCUCUGGCUGUUAUUAAUAACGGAGCUAAGAGUUCUCCUGUUAAGUCUUCUGUGGAGACCUCAGCUUCAAGACCCCGGUCUGGGUUGCGAGAAGAGAAGUUAGCAAGUAUAAUGAGCAAGUUGCCUUUGUCAUCCGCAAAAAAGGUAGAGACUGCUCAGACAUCACAUUCAUCAAGCCUUAUAGCUGGGCACACAGGACCAGUACCAAAGAAAUCCCAGGAUUUACUUCAGACUGGUAUAUCUUCAGGCCUUAUUGCUGGAUCUUCAAUUCAAAACCUUAAGGUUUCCUUGGAGCCCUUACCUGCCAAGCUUCUGCAACAAGGAUUACAGAGGUCAAGCCAAAUUCAAGCUGCUUCCUCUUCCCAGACUCAUAUUUCUUCUUCCUGCAAAGCCCAAGCCACUACUUCUGCUUCACAGAGGUCAAAGGAUACAGCCGUACUUGUAACCCCAUCAGAAGCUCAAAGUUGUGGAUCUACAACAUUACAAGUUACAAGGGUUCACCAGCAUUCUUCUGCUCAGCAAAAAUAUGUGUCACCUUUACAGGCAACUAUUAGUAAAUCUCAGACCAACCCUGUGGUAAAACUCAGCAGCAAUCCCAAACUCUCCUGUUCUUCUCCAGUUCCCAAGACUUCAGAUAAACCAGUAGUAUACCGCCUUCCUUUGUCUAAUACCACCUCUGUGAGUAGUUCUCAAAUGAUUCACCCACUUGUGUCUCGGACAACAUCUAGUACCUCUACCUCCAGUAACUAUUUAGCCAAGGCCAUGGUGUCACAAGUUUCAGCCCAGGGUUUCAAGCCCUUUUCCAUGGUUCCCUCACCCAAACCAGCUGUCUCUCCCAAACCCAUGGCACCCAAGCCUUCUUUAACACCCAAGCCUACUGCAUCACCCAAACUGUCCUCAUCAAAGUCCACCUCAGCACCCAAACCUCCUCCUCCUUCUAGUUCUUCCAGUUCAAGUGCACUAGUAUCCCAGAGUAGUCACUCCAGCAGUAACAAUUCCCUUCAUAAACAGCCUAGUGGAGUAAAUGUCAGCAGGCAGUCUCCUACAAUUAAUUUACUGCCCUCUAACCGCACCUCAGGCCUUCAACCAGCAAAGAACCCUCAGGCCACUCCAAAAUUAUCCAACGCUUCUGCCUCUGGAACUGUUAGCAAAAGUAACUUGAGUGGAGUUGGAAUGAAUGUACCUAUCAACAGGGGCAGCCACCCUAAUUCAAGUGGAUCUAAUAGGACUAGUCUCUCUGGGGCAGCAGGAAGUGGAACACAGGGUGCUACUAAACAAUUAUCAAUUCCGCACAGACCAUCUUCUGCCUCAGGGUCUACAGUUAUACCGGCCAGUGUGCAGUCAACAACAGGUACAUCAUUACUGGCAAAUGCUUCACCUUUGACUCUCAUGACAUCACCCCUGUCUGUAACCAGUCAGAAUGUGACAUCGGCUCCAUUGGCUAAUUUUGGGAUGCUGGGUAGCCUUGUUCCUGUGACUGUGCCCUUUCAGUUUCCAUUGGAGCUACUUGGCUUUGGAACAGACACAGCUGGAGUGACAACCACCUCGGGAACUACCUCAGCGGCUUUCCACCACAACUUAGCUCAAAAUUUACUAAAAGGUUUACAGCCAGGAGCUCAACAUGCAGCAGCACUGUCUCACACAACUCUGCCUGCUCAUAUGCAGCAAGCCUAUACAGAUGGAGGCCAAAGUAAAGGGGACACUAAAUUACAGAGGAAAACCCAGUGAUAUCCUGUUAAGCAAGGGAGUUAAAGUGGUUCUGUUUGGCUGAUGGAGACUGACCAGUUGGGAACGUGAUUACACGGAAACAGCUGCUGUUUCUGUCAAUGUUUACAUAUUCUGAUCCCAAGCACUGUGGUGAGGAGGAGAAGAAGAAAAAGAAGAAAAGAAAAAAGAAAACAAUACUUGAUCAAAGAGAGAAGGAAAAGGAGGAAAGUGUUUUUGUUAGACCAAUUCAUAGUUUGCUUGCUUCUAAGGAACUCCCAAAUCCUUUUAUCCAUUCUGAGUGUCUCAGAAAGGGCUAGGCACAUAGGUUCAGUUGUCAAACCUACAGCAGCACAAACCUUCUUUUGGGCUGAUAUUUGAUAGAGGAUAUGUAAAAGAAAACAAUCCAUCCAUAAUACAAGGGGUACCAUAUGUCAGUUUGACAAACUGAAAGUUCCAGAGAAGUCUACAGUAUAUACCAGUUAGGAAUAUUCUGUACAGAUUUGAUAGUGUGAAGUAUAGAGCAGAAGUAGUGGUUUUUGUAGAAACAAGAAUGGAAAUAUAAUUUUCUCUACAAAAAACAAAGGCUGCUUGCCCACCAUUUCUGUUUGAAGAGCCUAAAUGUUACAGAUAUUUUGCUUUGGUAAUAUUCACCAUAGGAAACAUCACUGAGCAUUCAGAAAUUCAAAAGCUCCUAGGGAGGAAGGGUCAAGGAUUUACAUUACUUUGUUCCAGAUGUUCAGUUAUAAAGAACUUAAUUAGCUUCAUCAGAUCAGACUCUUUUCAGUAUCUUCUAAAAGAAGACAUUUUUGCCUUUAGCCUUGCUGUAAUAGCUCAAAGUUGCCUUAUUUUUCCAUAUGUGUGUGUGUGUGUGUAUACACACACACACACCCCCAUCCAUAAAUCUCUAGUACUCAUCCUCUGUGAAGAUAUUCUUGUCUGUGGCUCUUCUUGCAGCUCUGAUCAGUCAGUCAUACACUGUAUUGAUCCCCACCAAAUGAAAAUUGCAUGUAGUUUGCUUUUGUGCAAAAUUUGCUUUUAUCAGUACUGUUUAAAGCUUUCUCCAAAGAGCGGUUAAGGUGCCUUCUGCCUAAGUCUGAAGUUCAUAUCUCCAGCAUUCUUAAAACAUGCAUAGCUGGAAGAUAUAAUGUUUUGAACCAUUGUUACAACUUCUAGACUGAUUUUCAUUUUGAUAGCAAUAUAUUAGGUUUUUGGGAAACAAGUUUAGAAUACUGUAUUGUGUUGCACUCAUAGUUUGUACAAGGAGGAGUAUUUUGGUAAAAUAAUAUUGAGAAAAAAUAUCAUAGCAUAAUGUAUUAUGCUAUUAAAGCUUCUGUGACCUACUCUAGACACUAGAGCCCUAAUUUAAAGUAUUUUUUUCAUUUAAAUCUGAUAUGUCCUCAGGUUUUCAGACUUAAUAUAAAAUUGGGCAGUUUUUCAAAGUUUCUGUGGGGUAUGUACAUACAUGACAGCAUAUAAUAGCUCGAGGUUUCUAUGAAACAUCAGCUGCAACAAUUUGCACUGCUGAAGAAGAAAGUCACAUUUUCAGCAGACAGGCACUUUGUCUAUUAAGCAGUGAGAGUAGCUGCAUACAAGUUUCAUAGAAAUCUGCAGCUUUGUUUCUACCUCAAUUAUGCAUAUAUUCUCGUUGUACAAAGUGAAUAUCACAUUUCUGCUGUUUUCUACUAGAUGCGUUUUUAGUCACUAGGUUUACAGAGGUUUUCUCCUUUUGUUUAGAAAGCCAGAUAGCUUAUCAUACUCAUUUAGACUUCUCAUUCAUUGUUUAUGUAAAAAGAUACAUAUAUUUAAAUAAUAUAUACUAUAAGUACAGUAACUGAAUGUUGGGUUGAGCCCCGUAGUAAAGAAUUUUGCACAGAAUUGUGAAAUAAAAAAUUAAGCUCAAUUAACUCUUGCAUUUUACUUCAGUACAAGCCUUCCUGAGGGUUUGGUACAACAAGCUACGAAGUUAAUUUCAUCAUACUUAGUUAAAAUAUUGUUUUAGCUGAUAUAUUCUCAAAAGCUUUUGCUUCUCCCAAAAUGUUACUUGGUUUAUUUUCCUUUCUUAUCCAGUUUGCUCACUCUGAGAAAAAGGUAAGAACUUCCCCAUUCACACAAUAUGUCUGGUUUCCAUGCAUAACCAAAGAAAAUCUUCUGUUUACUGAGGGUUUUCAUCUGCAGUGUUAAUUGCCCUAUUCUGGCAACCAAGAGGAUCUGCUGCAAAUUAUAUACCAAUACAUCUUUUAAAGUUAUGGCUGUAGUCAAAGGGGUAUGUUUACUGUGACAUAAAAUAAUUAAUGAUGUAGGCAAGGCUUGAAGUAAAGGGAUGUGUGUGCAAACUCUCAUUGGAAAAAGACCCUUUAAAAAAGGUUACUUCUAUUUAAAUAUGGAAUUUGGCUCAUGGAGUCUUGCUUUCUAGAUUAUGAUGUGAAAACUAAUUUUUAAGGAGGAAAUAAUCAUUCCCCCACUUCCGUUUUCUUAUAAACUGGGAGAAAGUAUGAUAAAUCUGGAGAUGCAGCAAGACCAUUUUUGGUAGAGCCAUCACUUUUUCUUCUAGAAUUAAUGUAUUAAAUAACAUAAUAAUAUUGGAAAUAUAAAUAUAGGUUUUCUAUAUUUUUAAAGCAACAUAUUUGUUCUGGUGAUAAGCACACUGUUUCACCUCAUAGAACAUAAUAGCAUAACUAAAGUGCUCGCUGUCCUCCUGUAUACUCAUGUAUAUUCUAGAGGUUGAUUAAAUUGAUUAAUAAAUUGACGAGUCGGACAAGAUGACAAUUCAAGAGGUUUUUUUUAAUCCAAAGCAGAAUAAACUGAACAUACGAGAAAUCAGACCAAUGUUUACAAUUGGCCACCUAGAAAUGUCUGGUGACAUUGUAGAACCAGUGAAGCAGCAAUGAAUGCUAAUUGUUCUCUAAUUACUCAUUAGAAUAAGAAAUUUAGACCAAGAAUGAACAUGAUUUUCAAUACUUUAAAAAAGAUUAUAGACUCAUGAGCUUGUCAAAAUAGAUGAAGAGAUGAAGAUAUACUAGAGACAGUAUUAGCAUUCCAAUGAAUUUUUUAAAUGUGUCUUUAAGCCAUUUUUAUUUUAAAAUGUUUUUGUGGGUAUCCCUCAGCCAACCCUCAGUAUUCAUAAGCAAUAAGAAUCAAUGCUGUCAUUCUGGGCAGCUGAGCUGAUUUGGAGGACUUUGAGAUGAAAGGGCAAGCUAGUUCUGAGCCUCAAAUACAAGCAAUAAUUUUCAAAUAGUGGUUUUACAACUUCUUAUAUUUUAAAUUAUGCCUUCUGUUAUGUGUGUACAUUGCUAUGGAGUCACAGUAGGAUAUGUGGAGAAAGGAUCUAAACCGUGAACUACAUGAUGCAAAACGUCAGAUGUCUUAGCAAAAUGUUGCUCUUCUCUACCUGAAGAUAAUAGUUGAUGGCUUUAAAUCAUUCCAUUUUUCUCAGCCUUUUUAUAGUGUCUUCUCUCCAAGAAGAGUGAUGAGAGUAUCUAGUCAAAAUCCUAGGUGAAGUGCUGUGGGUUUGACACCUGUUUCUAUGAAAUUAGAUGUGGCUUUUACUGUAUCCUAUAGGCUGUGAAUGGAGCAGGCAAUCAACAUAUCCUCCCUUCUGUUCUGAUCUGACUCCUUCAGCUUCCACAUUGCCUCUCAAAUUGAUCCAAAGCAAUUGAAAGUAAACAUUCUGCAACUCCCAAGCUACCAUCAGUCAUACUGAACCAUAACCACCUGCUGGAUUACUUUCUUAGGACUCCUGUUUUAUCAUGUUUGCUGCUACAUUCAUGAAAAUAACUUUUGGCUAUAUUUAUAAGUAAAUUUAAAGCUAGUUUACAGAUUGAUUUUAUAGUUGUUUUCCCACAGGAAGAUAAGAUAUCAUGUUUUUUUGGAGUGCAUUGGCAAAAGAUAUCGUUAUUCAUCUCUUUAUUAAAGUAUUGCAGGAAGAAAGUAAAAUCUGCAGUCAAGCUAAGCUUUGAAAAGUUUUCACUCCAGUUUCUUCCUGUGUUGGAGGUCACUGUAGAGUUGCUUUUUUAUGUUUUCUAAAAGCUAACACAGAGGUAAAUAGAAUAGGUAAAAAAUGGUCAGCCAAUGUUUUAUGCAAUUAUAAUUUUAUGGCAAUGUUUAAAUUGUUUUAGAUAAUUUGAUUCCAAACCUGGAUGGUAUUACCCCUCUAACUUACUUGAUUCAGGCCUUUGUCCUUUGGUUAAGUGCCUUUUCUUUUUGUUCCCUUGUUUCCCCACAGAAUAUACUCAGAGGUCCUAAAGUGCUAGGAGAUAUUUGAAAGAACCUUGAACUUGCCAAUAUGACUUUAUGCUGUUAAAAUGACUUUCCCCUCUGUAAUUAGUGUUGAAUAUGUGUAAUGUUAUAGCUGCUGUACGUUCAUUUUUCAUUGUUUGCUUUCAAGUUCAGCAGUAUUCUCAAGAGCCCUGAUGUUCCAUAUGUUUCCUAUAGCAUUUAUGUUUACUUGUGAAGGUGAGCUUUGACAUGGGGUAUAGUAACUUGGUGUUUCAGAGCAACUCUAAGGAAGUGUUUAGCAAGAAACCAACAGAGCCAUUUCCACUGGAAUUUCAGGGUGUAAAUUUAUAAAAUGGUGCUAGUGGAUAUUGGCAUAUUCCUUAUAAAAGAUAAUGUAAUGUGGAAUAAAAUUUCCCAAGAUUAGAGAAAAUUUGUAUGAAAAUCGGCAGAAUUAACAUCAGACGAGCAAAUUACCAAAUGAUAGUUUGCAUUCGAAAAACAACUUUUUGUAUAUCGCUAUCUCUGCCUAGAAUACCUACUUUAGAUCACUAAGUAGCUCUCUGAUGACAGUAACCUUAACAAUGACUAAAUCUUUUAAACAAAUGAAAGUUUUAAUUGUUCAUUCACCAAACGCAGUGAGUUCUUCCUUCCAUUGCUCAGAUACACAUGGUAAAAUUUGUAUCGGCAUUAGUCACUGAAAAAUCUUGUUAUACUUUGGCAAAGUUGUUGAACUAAAAAUUAGCAAAACAGUUUCAUACUAAAAAAGAGAAAUCAUUUAAUUUCAAGAUUUUUACACACCUACUACUGUAAAUUAAUGAACUGUGAGAUAAAGUACCCAGCCUCCAAGCAGAAUAAGUAACCCAGUCAUUUUAAAGAUGUUAAAUACUUGUGUUACACUCAUAUGGAUUCUUUCUAAUGGUAUAGGCUAUUUAAAAGGUUUCUAUUCUAUUUUGAAAACAAAGCUAGGUUACAUUCUGCUUGAAAUCAACUCUGAACAGAUGGCUAGGCCCACUGAAUACUGCUGUAUCUUAAACAACCAUCUGUUCAGGAAAAUAUGGCCCAACAUACCUGGGAGAGAUGUGUAUGAAGCCAGUUAACAUUUUAUUAAUUCCAAUACAAAUAAGCAAGGGAACUGCUUUAUUUCCAUCCAAGAUUGUUUGUCCCUCAUUAAGUAUAACUGCAUUUAUAUUAGUAGAGAAGAAAUUACUUGUCUUGCAGUGUUUAGUUGAAAACCAUAAGCAUGACUUAACACUGAAGUGUAUUAAUGUCAAAGAACAAGCAUUCCUUUUGCUUUAAACACAGCUUCAUCCAUUGAAAGAGAUUAGCAAAUGCCCCAUUUCCUGUGGGUAGAAGAGACAGGAAAACAUUGUGAAAUGGAAUCAGUAGAAUAGUUCAUAAUACUAUUGCCUAUCUUGUGUAUCUACUUCUCGGGACACUGUUGCUCCAUUUUUUUCCUUUGUAGCUCCUAUAAAUAUUUGGUAAUUGAGGAAAGUUACGGUUGUGGAAACUUAGCAAAUGAACCAGCUGGAACAACCUGUUUUAGAAAAUCCAAAAUCUGUGGCUUUUAUCCAGAUUAGAGCAUGCAGUGGGAUUGGCAGAAACAAACUUUCAUGUUCUAUCCACCCAUGAGAGCCCCCACAGAAACAGAUAAAAUGACUGUGUUGAAUGUGGUAGGCUGUGGCAUGAAAAGUUUCAGAGACAAACCUAAAGGAGGAGGGGUCUUUUAUGAGCAGAAGUUUGUUUCCACCAGUUCUGAAGCAGACGCCAAAAUAAGGAUCCAACCAUAUGUUUAAACAAAGUUCAGAGGUUUUGUGGACUAUUUUUACAUCUUUCAGAUUUCAGCAGCCACACACACUAAGUUCUCCCAUAUUUAAAAUAUUUUCAUGCAAAAAAUUACCACCUGUGCAACCCUGAUGAUUGUGCCCGGAACAAUUAAAAAUUUAAAGACUGCUCUUUGAUCUCGAAUAAGCAUUUUAAGCCAACUUCAGGCUUAAAAAGGCCUCCAUAUCUUUUAAAUGGCUAAUCUGGAGUGCCUGUACCCUGUUGUUUUGCACACCUUUGCUAAGACUGUUGUUUCCCCUGGCUGAAUUAUGUUCUUUUGCUGUAGCAGCAAAUCAGAGCUUUCUAGGUUCAUCUUACAACAGAUUUGACAUAAUGAAAGCACUCUUUGUAGAACAGAGAAUGUCUUUGUUCCAUGUAAAAUAGCACCUCAGACACUUUCCAUUGUCAUUUUACUCUGUUAAUCAGUUGCUACUGACACAGUAUACAAAGUGUUGUUGUAUUUGGUCACUUUACUCAGUACCAAGACUUUUGUUUUGUGUGCUGAUGUUUAACAGGAAAAAAAAUAAGUGGAUGUGUUCUUUCCCAACAUAAAAAUCAGCUGGGUGAAAUUAGGAAAUGUAUAAAUGGUGUGGUAUGGGGACUAGCAUGCAAAGCUCAUAAGCAACUAGUGUUCAGCAUUAGGGGGAGUUGUAUUCUCAUUGCUUUCCUUCUCUGUAAUGCCUUAGUUUAAUUUUGUAGCAAAAUAAACUAUGCAUAUAGCCAGACUUCACAUUCAGUACAAUGUAUAUUUUCCCUUGCUAAUAUAACAUCUACCCAAAGAAACAUGUUAUCACUUUUGAAGUGUGUACACUAUAGAAAUAUUUUUGUAACAUGGAAAUCAAACUCUAGAUAAAACUACAUUAAAAGCAGAAACAUGUUAACUAGUUCCACGUUAUUAUCCUGAAAGACUUUAUGGCUCUAAGAAGGAUUCUUAAAAUCUGAAGGUGUUAUGCCUUGGUUCUCAUAAUCAAUUAAAUAUUGGGCUAUUACCAUCACCUGAUUUAAAUUACUAAAUCUGAAAGAGAAUGCAUACCUUUACUUAUGCAAGGAUAAGACACAUUGAUUUCUCUCCAAGUAGAACCUUCUUUAAAUGUAAGCCAAGUUGGUAUCAACACAUCUUUCUAUCUCAUCUUGCACUUUGGUGUUGGACCUUUUGUGAAUUGGAAAAUCUAGAAGACUGAUAUGACAACUGUAUUUUUUGCAUAUGUUCUCUGUGUCGGGGAUAGAAGUAUAAAUUGUUUUAAAGUACUUGGACUUCUAAGUAGCAAAGAAAUAAUUACAUUUAUCUUGACAUAAGCUUAAUCUUCACCUCCUCAAACUGCUGUGCAGUAAGUAUUGUUAGCGUUAUCAAUAUCUCUUCUUUUUAACCACAUUUGGUACUUGAUACAUGCCAUGAUUAAAAUAUUAAAUGUUAAUAUUUUAUAAUAUAGAGAAUAGACGCUUGCUAUAGUUGGGCAAUUGUGUGGUUAGAGUGAGGAGUAUUGAAGUUUUUUUAAAAAAAAUUCAGAACACAAUAAGAUAUUUGUCCUAAGGAAUUUUGUCAACAGUAGAACUUUCAUGUUUUUAAAGCUCCCUUUUCUUACUUGUAAUAUAAGUCAUCAUUCUGAAUACAGUAUUCAUAGUUGCUAUCUCCUUACUUAAUAUUCAACAGAAAGAUCAAGGAAAUUCCUACAAGGUUAGCUGCACAGAAUUGAAACAUGAAAACUGAAGAGAUUUUUUUAUGUCUCUCCGUAGUGCGAGUAGUGCUCUCUGACAAACACAUCUGAAGCACUAAUUUUCUUCUAUAUUUAGCUUGAUACCUUUCUUAUUGAUACCCAAGUAUUUCUAAAACCUGGUGUCAGCCAAUAUAUGGCUUCAGGUGUGGAAGAGUUCUCUCCUAACAGAUCUUCAAUUUGAGUUAUGUUCCAUUUAACAAACUCAGAUGACUUCUCCUAAUGAAAGGGGCCCAAAUAGUCAAGCACAGAGCUACUUAGUGACUGGUGCCAACUUCUUUUCAUUUUUAGGGAGAUGUGUUCUACUGAUAUGAAGGGAUACUAGAUUUUAAAGAAAGGAUAUGAUCUCUUCCUCUCUCAAACAGAAUCUGAACACAAUAUUUUAAUUAACGUUUUUGUAAUAAUCUCAGGACCUGAAAGAUUGUAGCAUAGUGUGUCUUAAAUGAUGUACUGUACCAGCCAUGAAUUUUGUAAAUAUCCCUGUCGCCCUUCUUUUUGUAUUUCUUUUUAGAGUUUGUGAGGCUCCUAACCACAAGAACUGGUGCCUGCUAACUUUCCAUAUAAAACUGGAUGCGCAGAAAAGGGAAAGUUGCUGCCACAAAAAGCCUGCACCAGGUCUAAACGUAUAUUCAGGUGAUUUUUUUAAAAAUACAGUUUCACUGGGAUGCAGAUACUUUACCUUCUAAGAUUCCUAUCACAGUUUGGACUUUAAGAAUAAAUAACAUGAAAUUGUUUCCAAAACUCCUUGCUUGACAGAUCUGGAAGAGAGUUGUGUUUUGGGGGGCAACAGACUUCCUUUGAAAAUCCAUCUGUAGAUAUCUAGCAGGUCAAAAGUGGGAGCCUUGUUCAACUAAGUGUAAAUGUACCUGUCCAAAAGCAUGACAGGGCUUUUAUGAGUGUUUUUAUUUUGUAUAUGUCAUGUGUCUGUGUUGUAUUAAAUAAAGAGGAAUGUACAUAUAAA